GAUAUAACAGAGUUCCAAUCUUAUUUCCGCUUAACUAAUUUUUGGUUUCUUGCAGAUCAUUAUAAGAAGAUAAAGAUUGGAAAUGGAGGAGGAGAAAGCAACAGAGAGACUAUACAGUGCACAGGAAAAAGUAAAGAUGACGAAAGGAGGCUGGACUUUGGAUGAAGACUCCAAACUCAUCCAUUACAUCUCCCUACUUGGUCAGGGACGCUGGGAUUCCUUGGCUCACUUUGCCGGAUUGAAGCGUACAGGUAAGAGCUGCAGAUUAAGAUGGAUGAACUACUUGCGGCCGAAUUUACGACGAGGAGAACUUACUCCUCAAGAGCAGCUUCUUAUUUUACUCCUUCAUUUUCGCUAUGGAAAUCGAUGGGCAAAGAUCGCAGAACACUUGCCAGGUAGAACAGAUAACGAGGUUAAGAAUUACUGGAGAACAAAAGUUCAAAAACAUGCAAAACAGCUGCAUUGCGACGUCAAUAGCCUACAGUUUCGAGACUUCCUUCAUUAUCAAUGGCUGCCCAGGUUAACUGAACAAAUACGUGCCACGUCAUCGUCUCAAGAACAACUCAUGUCCUCUUCUUCUUCUUUUACCUUUCACAAUAACACUGAAGUAUUAAUAUUGGAGAAUUCUACUUUUCUUCAAACUGGGAUUAAUGGAUCGACUAACAUCACAUGUCCUAUAAACCACACUCCAAAUGUUGCCGAAGUUACGUCACUAAUAGAUGAUAAUAUUUGGAACCUCUCGAGCGGUAACAGGACAUCUGGAUUUGAAGAUGGAUUUUCUGAUCUUUCAAGCACAGAUAUGGCGGUUUAUUCUAAUUCUCAGGAUCAGUGUCAUAGUUGGGCAAGUGCAGGAUCAGAAGUAUUAUUACCAGAUGAAACGCUAGGAUUGAAUGAUAUGGACCUUUGGCUCUUUCCUUAGAAGGGUUGUGAUUUAGUUGGCUAGCAUUAUCUUCAGUGUUCUCUUUUCCAUGUACAUAGUAUUUUGCCAUAGAAGGGGAGCCUUGGAGCAACAGUAAAGUUGUCUCUACGUGACCUAUAAGUCACAGGUUCGAGUCGUAGAAGCAGCUACUAAUGCUUGCAUUAAGUUAGGAUGUCUACAUCACACCCAUUAGGGUGUAGCCCUUCCUUAGAUCCUGUGUGAACGCAGUAUGCCUUGUGCACCUCACUGCCCUUUAUAGUAUAUUAUCACAAAUGUUAUGUUUUUAUAUAAUGCUCAUCAACAAGCAAUUGAUUUAAGGGUGUACUCUCUC